AGAGCUUCGCAGCUCUGAUGUCGGAUACAAGUCUGAGGGAGACUGGGAAGCCCACGAGCACCGCUGCCUUGAAACUUCCAAAGGAUCUCGACAGCCAAUUAGGCUGCCCGGUGAUUAGUUAGAAUGCACUGGCCUGAAGCGCUCUCGUUCCUCCUCAUUUCCCUCCUCUCCUUCGUAUCCUCCGUGGCGGCCUCAACUUCCACUUCACCCCAAAACACCGACAUAUUCUACUGGCCGCUCUCCGCAUCCUCUCCCUCACAAGCCUCCCGGCUCGCAGAAGUUUCCUACGAUCCCGUCACUCUCCAAACAUCCGUCCGCUCAUAUACUCCACCCCAAAAACAGUCAAAUGAGGACCUACUGCGCAUUGGCCUAUUCACCGAUGCGUCACAGAAGCACUGGGUGGGAAGCUUAACGUCCUUUUCAGCAUUCAACAACAGCGCAAUCACUCCCAAUCUAAGCUUAUAUCUCAGCCUAGAUAAUGAGGUUUAUAGCGUCGCGGUUUCUGCUUCGGCCUUGACAGCUAGCGAAGGGAAUCAGAAUCUCAAUGUCGAGAUAGUCAGACCGACUCCCGCCCCCACACCGCAUUUAAACAGACCCAUUGUACUGAAGGAGGAUGGAAAGGAAACCGAGGAGAUUAUUGAGAAAUCAUUUAUACAAAAGUAUUGGUGGGCUAUCCCAAUUGUAUUGUUCUUGGUGAUAGGGGGUGGAGGCGAGGCGAAAUGAGCCAGGUCCUUCCAUCUACAUCACAAAAGGCGUGGAUAUAAACAGAAUUCAAAAAAAGUUACCAAUUGAUCCUCUUGGGCAUUAACUUGGUUCGAUGGAGCUACAGAUCUAGAACUCAGAGAUACCACAUACACACUGCAAAACGCAAAAACUCGUUCACUGGCUUCACCCUUCCAAGUCUUGUGAUAGAAGACUCGACCAAA